AAAAAAAAAUCACUAAACAACCCUGAAAGCGCCCACUUUUGUUGAGUUGAGAAAGCAGAAACCAGUUUGAGGUUCGAGUAUUGUUGUUCUUCCCAACUCUUCUUGGAUUGAUUCUCUCUGAAGAUGAUGCGCAGAACCACAUCUUAUUCUAAUUGCAGCAUCAGCAGCAGAAGAGCAAAAUGGUGGAGGGAGGAUAUUGGUAUACCCUAUGUGGUUACUUUCAACACACUGGUAAAAGGCUUUUGCAUGAUGGGAAACAACACCGCGGCCAUUCAGCUACUUAGGAAGAUGGAAGGAAAUGGAUGCGAGCCUAACAUAGUGUCCUAUAGCACCAUCAUUCACAGUCUUGGCAAGGAUACACUAGUUGUUGAUGCAAUGAACCUCUUCUCAGAAAUGAUGAGAAGAGGUAUUGCUCCAGACCUUGUUACUUACAACUCUUUGAUCAAUGGAGUCUGCAAACUAGGCAAGUGGAAAGAAGGUACGAGGUUGUUGAAUGAAAUGGUAGGUCAGAUUAUCUUUCCAGAUGUGCAAACCUUCAACAUCUUGGUAGACGCACCUUGUAAGGAGGGAAUGGUCAUCGAUGAAAAGAGCGUUGUUGAAAUGAUGAUUCAAAGAGGAAUUGAACCAAGCACGAUGACAUACAAUUCCCUUGUGGAUGGCUACUGUUUGCGAGGAGAAAUGGACAAAGCAGAAAGGGUUUUUGAUCUAAUGGUUAGCAGUGGCUCCAUUGUUGUCAGAGUUAUAACAUAUUGAUGAACGGAUAUUGUAUGCAUAAAGAGAUUGAUGAGGCCAACAAGGUUUUUCAGGAAAUGCAUCUUAGGGAGCUUGUUCCCAAUACCAUUACUUAUACCAUUCUUAUUGAUGGUUUUUGCAAAGUGCAGCUGAUACAAAACGCACAAAGGCUGUUCCUGAAGAUGCAAUAGUGUGGCCAACUUCCUGAUGUCCAAACAUAUGCUGUUUUACUUGGUGGCCUAUGUGACAUCCAACAAAUUUCUACAGCAAUAGAACUGCUUAGAGAGAUGGAAGCCAACAAUUUGGAACUGAAUAUUGUAAUUUACACCGUUAUUAUUGAAGGUUUGUGCAAAGCUGGAGAAUUUCAAUCUGCAAGAGAUGUCUUCUUUGGUUUAUCAUCAAAAGGAUUUCGACCUGAUGUCAGGACAUAUACUAUUAUGAUUAAUGGACUUUAUGAUGAGGGACUAUUAGAUGAAGCAGAAAAGUUUAUUCAAGAAAUGGAAGAGAAGGGCUGUUCUCCAGAUGAUUGCACCUAUAACAUCAUUAUCCGAGGGUUUAUCAAUAAGAACGAGACAUCAAAGGCAAUGGGACUUAUUCAAGAAAUGCUGAUGAGGGGUUUCUCUGUAGAUGCAACAACUGUGGAAUUGAUAAAUGAUUUGUUGUCUCAGGAUAGAGUAGAUCCUGCCUUGUUGCCACUGUUAAAAAUUCAUAAUAUGGUUAAUUGGAAUAUUUGAAACAGAAGUUUCUCAGCAUGAGAAGGAAGUUGAGCCUGCACCUUGGACAACCCUGGAUGUAUAUAAGUGUGUUAUUUAUAAUCAAUCAUUUGCAAACACAAUUUCAUUUUGUGGCUGAACCCAAUUUUAAGCUUAGAAUUGUCAUAUCCUUUGCUAAUAACUUGUUAGGUACUUUAGUACAUCACCAUUGCAUCCCAAGCUCUAGUGUAUGUUGUGCAUGAGGUGGUUGUUGCCUUGAGAAGUAUCUAUCAGUUGCUAGCUUGACUUGGGUUAAUCUACAGAUGGCUCAAUCAUGAAUGAAGUCUUAUUCUGAUAUGCACAGAACUAAAUUGGUUUCUGAGGUUGGCGAUGAUCAUAUUUGAAACUUCAAGCGUACAAGCAGCUGUCAGUUCAACCAAGGGCAUCCCAGUACCUAGUGCUCAGAUACUUUCAUUCGGUCUUCCAUGUUUCAACACUUGAGAAGAAAUUGGGGUCCAAUGCAGUUGUUUUUUUCUACAUACCUACCUCCCACACUGGAUCCAAGUAAUCGAAGGUAUUUCCAGCAAUGAUUUUAGCCAGGGGAAUGUUUCAAAAGUGCAAUGCUGCUACAACCAAUGGCUGACCCAGGGAGUUGGUGCUGCACCCAAAGAUGCAACUUGGGAGGAAGCAGAUAAAAUCAUCUUGCAUGAUACCAGUUCAAUUUUGGUGGAGAUGUUGGGGAACAAACUAGUAAUACUUCCCAAUGAAGCAACCAAACCAGAAUGUCAGAGCUAUGGAUUUUGCACAGGAAAGAUUCUCUUAAAACGCAAUAUUUCGUUACUUAUAAUUCUUAGUCUUAAUUUUGACACUUGUCACAGUCACAGCUGGCCUCACUUUUGUGACCGUUGUGCGUUAUACGCCAUUUCCGGCCACUGUAAAAGCUUAAACUUGAAUUGGAUAGCAAAAUUUCCA